CCUUAUGUAUUCCUCCGCCAUGACACUUGUGAUUCACCAUCGAUGUUGAUCACACUAGUAGAGGUUUAGUUAUGACUCGUGUAUGGUGGAAAUGGUCUAUGAAAAUGUAGCAGUGAGUAUGUGAUAUAGCCAUGGCCCGGUAUGGGAGCGAUCCUGCCACAGAGACAAGCCGUCUACUGCAAACGCUCAAUCUGUACAAGUCUGAGGCCGCCCACUCCAAUGGUGGUAUGGGCGGUGAGAGCCAGGCUGUGGGUCAUCCAGGGCCAAGGGAGGUGACCUCAGUCCAGCAGGAUGGGGCGGGUUAUGGCCGCAUACUGACACGGGUGGCUGGCAAUGGUAAUAACAGCGCAGGCGCGGCAGGCGGCGCAGACGCAGCAGGGGCACAUCACCCACGGAUCGGCGCCAUCGAAAGUCUUAUCAAGCAGGGGACGGACACCCCCACCUCCCAGCCCCCACAACUGUAUGAAGUGCUUGAUUCUCGAAGGGUUAUCGCUGCCUCCAAGUUUGCCACGCCCAAACAACCUGACGCCGUGGUAGUGUCCAGUGGAGCAGCGUCCACCCAUGCUGUGAAUGGGGGGGUGACCACAGCACCAGGUCUAGUUACUGGCUCAAUCACUACCACCACUGCUGUCGGUUUUGCUCAUAUUACUCCAACCACCGUUGUUAGUAGUAAGAGCAGUGUGCAUGUUGUCAAUGGUGGAUCUUCAGUGCCUAAACCUGUUAAUGGACAGUCUUUAUACUCUGGACAUGUGCGCUAUGAGCCCCCACCUAUUUAUGGUAGGAACAACCUUAAUAACUCUGCUCACUCAAGCCCUCGCUCAAGUUUGAGUGGUGGCAGUCAUGAUUCUCUGAAUUCUGGACAAAACUCUCGAACCAUUCCACAAUCUGCGACUCAUCAUUCCAAUGAAUACGUUGUGAAACCUAAUUUUUUAGGGCAACUGCAUACAUAUGAAAAUAUUAACGCUUAUCAUCACUAUGGACCACAGGGUAGUUUAGCAGCUACCAUUAUUGAAAAUAAGUAUGCCAGUCCACGUUCCAGUAUAAGUUCCCAGGACUCAAAGCAUUCCAGCCCAAGGAGCAGCUUAGUACAUUCCUUUCAAGGUUCUAGUCUAGAUAGGACAAGUUUAGCCAGUCAAACUAUUUUGGAAGAGGGUAGUUUGCAUAGGCCCACGAUAGUUAAUAGACAUUUACCCCCUCGAAUAGAACAAGACUUAGAAGGCAAAGAGUUUGUUAUUCCAAGAAACAAUGCAUAUGUUCAAGAAAAUGCUAGACAUAAUUCUCAGUGGAGUGUGAGUAGUGACUCUGUAAGACAUCGUGGAAUAUAUUAUGAUGCGGUUCCACCUCCCCCUGUUCCGCCCCAUUCUCUAGGCCUAACUCGACCGACACACACGCCUGUUGCGACUCCGAGUCCUACGGCACUUCCUCCUCCCCCGCCCUAUCCAGGGAAACCCCCCAGCUUAAAUUCAGUGUCUUCAACAGAAGCAAGUGAAUCCUCUGUGUCACUUGGAAAUUCUCGUGCUACAUCUGUUGUGUUUCCUUUAGUGACAUCGACUCAUAAUUAUGCUAAUAUUGAGGUGCUAAAGAGUGUCACUGGAGCUGAUCCACCACCGCCUCCACCGUAUCCUUCGUCUCUUGUGCGACAGUUUCAAAACUUAAGCCUUUCUAGUACUCAGUCUCCCCUAGGAGCACACUCUCCGAUCCCAUCUACUCCGUCAACUCCUUCUACUCCCUCAACCCCUCAGAGUUUAUUGAGGGCAGGAGGAGCACCACCUCCCCCACCACCACCUUAUCCAUCCUCAGUGGUAAGGGCUGCACAACAACAAUAUUUGGUCCCGCCUCCACCACCUCCGUAUCCGUCGUCAGUAGUGAGAAGUGUCUCGUCUGUACAGUCAUACGUUCCCACCGCCUUAGGCCUAAUCACAGGGCAGAUAGCUCAAGUUCCGCCACCGCCGCCACCGUACCCCUCGACGGCAGUGCGCAGUGUUGCUUCUGGGGUGAGUUACAAUUGCCACGGCAGCAACAUGAGCCAGAACAAUAACACAAGUAACUCGGUGAACACUCCAAGUGAUCGCUUAGCUCAGUGGCAACACAAGUUGGGGAGUGGUGUACAUGGUAACCAGCAGCAAAUGUCUUCCAAUAUGUCAACCAUCUCGCCAGGCAUCACCACAGGCCAUGCACACACUCCCCCAACCCCAUCUACAACAGCUAAGCCUGUCAGUGGCAAGAAUCUACUACCCUAUAAUGUUACAGCAAAAUCAAUGGGGAUGAGCGAGGCAGAGAGGAAGCUUGAAGCCCUGACCCAACAGAUAGAGGAAGAGAUGGAGAAGCAAGAACAGGAGGGCGAGUAUUAUGGCGUGUGUCACACUUGUGGGGAUAAAGUGACAGGGGCCGGGCAGGCAUGCCAGGCUAUGGGAAACCUCUACCACACCAACUGCUUCAUCUGUUGCUCGUGUGGGCGGGCUUUACGAGGAAAGGCCUUCUACAACGUCCACGGGAAGGUUUACUGUGAGGAAGACUACCUCUACUCAGGCUUCCAGCAGACUGCCGAGAAGUGUGCAAUCUGUGGCCACCUCAUUAUGGAGAUGAUAUUACAAGCAAUGGGCAAGUCUUACCAUCCCGGUUGCUUCCGUUGCUGCAUCUGCAAUGAGUGCUUGGACGGCGUGCCCUUCACCGUUGACGUUGACAAUAAGAUCUAUUGUGUCCAUGAUUAUCAUAGGGAGGCCAAGAAGGAUUGUGGCCAGAGAAGACCAACCUUCAGGAAGUGUAGUUCAAGACCUCAAGCAUCAUCAUCUAGAGGUGGGAGUCUUGGACCACAUACAGGACCCUGGUAGGAUACUGUCAUCUUCACUGAGUUAGAAAGGAUUGUUCACCAAGAUUCCGGUCAGACAUCCAGACUUCCAAGGGUUACAGUAACGUGCAGACGACGUUGAAAUAUUAAAAAGCUGACACGAUCACUCACAAAGCCAGCAUAACGUUUUACAGAAAUUUGAGUACUGAAAGUUGCAUCUUACCACUGCAGUAUAUAUAAUAAAGUGCUGUGCUAGAUAAUGAUAUUUUGGUGAUAUACAAGAGGACAAAAUAUGACAACUGAAAUACUGUAGGAUGAUCGUGACGUCGAGGAAGAGAAGGAAGCUGUACUGCACUGUAUAGGGGCACGGCCAUUAAGCUUCUUUUGAGUUCCUAUAAACUGAUUUGAUGGAUGACAUAACUAACCUGAUAGUCAGUCUGAAACACGAUGAAAAUAAUAAUAAUAAUCAUCAUUUAAUAAAUCUCUUAUCAAGUGGAGAGCAAGAUGGUGUCCAAUAGGUCAAAGUGGUAGCACUUCUCAUUGAAAAUAGUUAAUAAACUUUUAAAGACAUGACUUGUGAUCUUUCAUUAUGGAUGAGGAAAUAUUCUGCAUUUCAGGUUUACAGCCUACUGUAGAAAGCUUAAUAUUACAACACAAAAUAAGAUUCUCUUAACCCAAGUUAAUGAAAUGAUUUAAAAUUUAAUAAAGUUAUUCAUUUACUCAUGUCAUUAGUAGCAGUUAUGAAAUGUAUAAACAGUACUGUACUGUCGUACUGUCAACUUAAAUUUUUCCUCAAGUUUAGUGGUUAUUCUGUUUCAGUUCUUCCUUACAUUUAUUCUCAGUUAUUAAAAUGCUUAUGCAGUAUUUAGUAAUGAAUAAGUAUAUACAGUUGGUACUGUAUACAUUAAAAGGGUUCACUGUAUACUAUCUCACAUUGCUUACUGUGUAGUUUAUUAACAUGUUUUUUUAUUAUUAUUUAUUAAAUAGUAGCUCAAAGAUGUGAAUGAUGUAUAGAGGAUAUUUUUCUAUGGGAGAGGAUAUAUACUGUAUAUAUACAGUACAUAUAUACAGUAUAGUAUGUAUAUAUUAGGUGAUACUGUGUUUCUUACAAGGGUCACAUUUGUGUAUGCUUAUUCUUAUAUCAUGUAUUAUUGGGUUAGUAAGUGAUUAUAUAUAAUAAUAAAAUAAUUUCCUUCAAGAUAUGAAAA